UUCGACUUAUUUCAAUCAAACUCGAGUUACAUUUUUAGAUUCAUACAGGUUUUUAUCUUCGUCCUUAGAUUCUCUUGUUAAAAAUCUAACUCCCGAUCAACUUUUAAUUACAAAGUCAUAUUUUUCUGAUGUAAAAAGUUUUCCAUUGUUAACACGAAAACAAGUGUUUUGUUACGAGUACUUAGAUUGUUGGGAUAAAUUAUCGAAAACGAAACUGCCUGAAAAACAUUAUUUUUAUAGUAGUCUGCACGAUGAACACAUAUCAGACGAAGAUUAUGCUCACGCUAAACUAAUAUGGGAUGAAUUUUCUAUUAAAAAUUUAAGUGAUUACGCCCUGUUUUAUUUGAAACUCGACGUAUUGCUUUUAGCUGACUGCUUUGAAAAUUUUAGAAAUCUGACUAUGAAGUAUUAUGGACUCGAUGCUGCCGGUUUUUUUACAGCACCUGGCUUAUCAUGGGCUGCUGCUUUGAAAAUGACACAAAUUAAACUCAGAUUAUUCACAGAUAUCGAUAUGACCCUUUUCAUUGAAAAAGCUUUAAGAGGUGGUAUAUCACAAUCUAUAUGUCGAUAUUCAAAAGCCAAUAAUAAGUAUUGUUCGUCAUAUGAUCCAAAUUUGGAUACUAAAUAUCUAAUUUAUUGGGACGUAUGUAAUCUUUACGGAUGGGCACAGUGCCAGAGUUUACCAUACGAUCAUUUUAGGUGGUUAGAUAAUUUCGAAAUUGAAAGUCUAGAUAUAAAUACAUGCUAUGCAAACACUGCUGAUAAAUGUUGUAUUUUAGAAGUUGAUUUGGAAUAUUCGCAGUCUCUUCAUGAUUUACAUGAACAAUUACCAUUUUGUUGUGAACAUCAGAUGCCUCCUAAUUCGCAAAAUAAUUCAGAGAAAUUAUUAUGCACUUUAUGCGACAAAACUAAAUACGUAAUUCAUCUUGAGAACUUAAGACAAACAGUGCAUUUCGGUCUGAAAGUGAUAAAAAUACAUCGUGUUUUAGAAUUCUCACAAAAACCUUGGUUAAAGCCAUAUAUAAUGUUCAAUACUGAUUUACGAAUGCAAGCCAAAUCUGCUUUUGAAAAAGACUUUUUUAAAUUGAUGAUAAAUGCCAAUUAUGGCAAAACACUGGAAAACGAUCGAAAGAAACGUAAAAUAAAACUAGCAAACAAUUGGUUUACCGCUAGAAAAUAUAUCUCUUUGCCAGAAUUUAAGUGUUCGCAAAUUAUAAACGAAGAUUUGGUUGUUGUUGAAUUGAAUAAAACAACUAUAAAUUUCGAGAAGCCGAUUUACGUAGGAUUUACAAUUUUAGAAUUAUCAAAAACGUUAAUGUACGAUUUUCAUUAUAAUUUUGUCAAAAAAGACCUAUCAAAUUGGUUCGCUUCCAAAUUAUUAUAUAUGGAUACCGACAGUUUCAUUUACGAAUUUACAACUUUACGUAAAGAAGAUACAACCGAUAUUUAUCAUAUAAUUCGAGAUUACGCAUCUUUGUUAUUUGACACUUCAGAUUUGCCUGUGGAUAAUCAGUGGGGUAUUCCACAAGUGAAUAAAAAGGUACCAGGAAAAUUUAAAGAUGAACUAUGUGGUAAAAUAAUGACGGAAUUUGUAUCGCUUAAAUCAAAAGUGUACGGCUUCAAAAUCGACGGAAAAGAUAGUAGCGUUCGAAAACUUAAAGGUGUUGGUAAAACAGCCAUAAAGCAUAUUACGUUUGAUGACUUUUAUAAAUGUUUAUUUAAUGAAGUAAAUCAGAAUUGCACUUUUAAUACAAUCCAGUCGAAAAACCACCAAGUUUUUACCGUAAAAAUUCAUAAAAAAGCACUCGAUUCAUCGGACAAUAAACGAUAUAUAUUACCCAAUAAUGUAGUUGAAACUUUGCCUUGGGGUCAUUAUAAAAUUGUCAACGAAUGAAAAAUAUAUAACUUUUUUUUUCAUAAGAAGCUGAU